AUGUUAAGCUUACAACUCAAACCCAUCCAACUCAACAACAACCAAAACCAAAACCAACCAACAACUGACCAUCAACAGCAAGCCCAUGAACAACAACAACAACAACAACAACAACAACAACUGCUACUCACAACUGUCUUCCACUCAUCAAACCGAAGAACAAACGAACAACGACAAGCAUCAGGAAUGGUACAACCCUCCUGCGUCUCAGUCACCACCUCAACCUCACUCAGAAGCUCAUCAUCCCCUCACCACCAUCUCAGCCUCGACCAACAGUCUCACUUUGAUCACCCAAAGAGCUCAAACAACAGCCUCAACUUCAGCCCACUCUCCCCCAAGAACUCAUCCCAAUCACUCCCACACUGGAACCAGCUCGAUAACUCUGCUGAGAUGGUCAGGCAUACCACCAAACUACUCAAGUCUCGUGACUCAAGAACUGGCAGACUGAUCAUCAACCAAUACAUGAAAGGAAACGAACUCGGUCGGGGUGUCCAUGGAAUCGUUUACAUUGGAAAGAAUAUGGACAAACUCAUCCGAACCUCAACCCCUCAAACAAACGAUUCAUUCCUCAACCAUCCAAUCGAACCCCUCCCUGAAGAACUCGAUCACCACCCUCACAACAAUCAAUCAGCUGAUCGAGAUCGACAACCACCACCAAGAACAACCUCUUCAUGGACAGAGGAAGACUAUGAGACCGUCGCUAUCAAGGUCGUUCGAAGGGAGCCCAAAGGUCCAAAAUCAUUAAGAAGAUCACAGAUGCAGCGACAGCAGCAGAGAGAAGCCGCAGCACAAGCCGGACUAGGCUACCUCUCCGAUAGUGCUCCGAUCCUAGCCGGCGGGGAUCUCUUACAUCCUCAUCCAGCCACCCUGAUUGGACGAGUGCCACUACUCAAAGAUGUCGACGACAAACUCAAGAAAGAGAUCGCUAUUAUGAAACGAUUGAGGCACAAACAUAUAGUUCAACUCAAGGAGGUCAUAGAUGAUGCUAAGAGCAAGAAAGUCUUCAUGAUCUUGGAAUUUAUGGAAGGUGGGCAAGUCUUAUGGCAAGAUCCCCUCACUCACACUCCUUUAAUGACUGUUGAGCAGGCAAGGAACACCUUCAGACAAGUCCUGCUUGGACUCGAAUAUCUACACUACCAAGGUAUCAUCCACCGCGACAUCAAACCUGCCAAUCUGCUAUGGACUGCCGACCGAGAGACGGUCAAGAUAUCUGAUUUCGGUGUCUCCCACAUCUCUGGCGUCCUCAAGCGGUCCGCAUCCAAUUGUAAUCUACCGGCCAGUAUCGUCCCAAGUGACGGCCUAGCCGAUGACUCUCCUCGUACCUUCAACUCGACCGACGAUAAGGCUUUGCGAAAAACAGAAGGUAGUCCGGCCUUCAUGGCACCCGAACUCUGUUGCCCCGUCGAAGCCACUCCGGGUAUCACUCCACCCGAAGCAUCGGCAGUCGAUUACUUCACCCAACGAAGGAGUUCCACCCUAACCAAAACUACCAACUCAUCUGAUUCCUCGAAUAGCCCACCCAAGGAAAUCAUCCCAAUGGCCAACUCAGCCCGUCUCAUCUCACUCCCCCUCCCAAUCAAGACCUUUGCUAGAGGCGAACGGCCUGUCGUCGGUAAGGCCAUCGACAUCUGGGCCCUCGGUGUCACCUUAUACUGCUUACUAUUUGGGAGGACACCGUUCAAUGCACCGAACGAGUACGAACUGUUUAAUGUGAUAUGGAACGAACCAAUCUUGGUGCCCGAGACGAUGGGCAUCGAACGGCAAUCUCUCGAAUUCGAUCCUACUAACCGCUCGCUCGAUGGACCUGUACAGAGGGACUCGAGGGAAUUGAUUGACUUGUUGAGGAAACUAUUGGAGAAAGAUCCCCGCAAACGGAUUAAGCUUGAAGAUGUCAAGGUUCAUCCAUGGGUACUCAACAAUCUCGAUAACACUCAACAUUGGGUCCAUGAAACCGCGCCUGUAGGGGGCGAUGCAGUCUAUGUGACGACUGAAGAAGUAGCCAACUUUUCUCGACCACGUGCUAGUCUCACGACCCAUAAACCUCUGUUUGGUGUCAAGCAAAGUCUCCGGAAAGCAGCCAUCAAGUUAGGCCUGCAACGACCUGCCAAUAAGAUGUCAAGGAUGAGAUCAAAGAGUGUGAGUAGUGGCGCCAGUGGUUCACCAAGCCCUCAAGUUGAAACCGCCUUCUCGAUCCUCAACCCAAGCCAUUCUCCCCUCUCAUCUAACUCUCAAGUCCGUCAAAAGAUCUCAAUCGACACCGCCAAUCUGUCCUCUGGUAACCAUCCCAGACCAGAAACUCCACCGAUCACGCCUCUUUCGUUUCCAUUGAGCACCACUAAUUCUAUCAAGCGCGGCUUCGGUGUCUGUUCAGGAUGGACUUCGGCCAUCACUCCCAAAGCGACCAUCCUCCAACCCACAUCUUCCUGCCAAAACGGUGCUCUUCCUCAACCCGGCAGUCCAGUCUAUUCUACUACCCACCGAACGACGGGGACGGCCAGUCGACCUCAAACGCCCAUCAGGCUCGAUCCUUCCCGCUCUUGUCUCUCAUCAGUAUCUUCCCGAUCGGGCUCGCCCUCUCAGGCCAACAUUGGCCCGAGUCAUCCGUCCACGCUUUCAGUCCCUCGCAGCUCGUCCCCAAGCACCUUCCUACUCUCUCACCAUCUCGACCGCUCCAUCCAUGCCCACCAUCCCCACAUGUUACUCGACCCAAUCUCCUUCCCUGUGGACAAGAACAACCACCGGCGCUCGCUGCCUAGCUCACCUGCACCUCUACAUGCACUCACCUCUCUCUCACGCACAUCACUGAUCCCUCCACGUACGGCCUCGCCCGCCGGUACCAGUGAUGCUGAGUUCCAGACUCGUCUCGCCCCUCCGCCCACUUGGUUCCGGGAUGCGCUCUUCCGCGUCAAGCGGCGCUUCACUCGUUCACCCAUCGUCGCAACAGCCACCUCACCGACCUCUCCGCCUCCGACGAUCUCGACCGGACUCCGAUCCAAGGCCGUGCGCCGUCGAGUGAGCCAUCGUCCGCCCUCUGAAGUGUUUUCAUCGGACGCCGAACCAUCUAUCUCCCUUGACCAUUCUCAACGUCCAGAUAACGCGACGCAUGAUCAAGAAGGGGUGGAGGUGGAAGAUGAUGAUGAUGAUGGGGAGGAGCAUGAUGCUGAUGAGGAGGACGAUGAGGAUGAGGAGGAGAUCGGCUCUGAAGGGCUAGGAAAACCGUUGAUGUAUCACGAUGGAACUCAAUGGACCUUCCCAGCUACCGAAUCGAAUGGAGUCGAGCAAGCAAGGAACGACCCGGGAACUGAGGGAGCUAGGGACUGGCUCCAACAGAUCUUGGUUCCUCGGGACGAAGUGUUGUCUCACCAGGCUCGUCGAAAUCGAGCGACUGGAGAGGAUGAGGUGGCUGGAGAUUUGGACGAAUUACGACUCGACGCCUCUGCCGAUCAACUUUCUUCCCCCUCUUCCAAUCAUCAGCAUCAUCAUCUUCUCCUCGUCCCUUCUACCUCUGCUGCUACUGCAACACCUAUCAUCUCCUCCUCUUCCUCUCCCUCGCCCUCGCCUUGGACUACUCAACCGCGGCUCACGUUCAGACCGGCGUCGGUCGACCACGACCAUUCUGCGCUCGAAUAUCGCUCCUUUUCCUCGGAUGAUGAUGAUGAUGAUGACGAUGAUGAUGGGAUUAAUCGACAAGCUCAAGCGUGGAAACCUCAACCCUCCUCCUCCUCUUCUUCGUCGACCUCUUCCUCCUCUUCUUUCUCUAGGAAUAUCCGGCACCCUCCGUUUUCGUCUAAUUGCAUCUCUUCAACAUCUACAACAACAUCUACAACAACAACAACCACAAACAACGAGUUUGAUUCAGAUCUGCAUCUCCUUAACGAUCCCCAUCAUCCGAUCAAUCAUCCACAACAUCUCCCAUUCAUCCCUCAUCUCAAUCCUACUCCUCCUGCGGCGCUUCCCUCGGCUCCUCCGCCGAUCACUCUUGCUCAGGAAGAGCCUCCAACGCUCGAUGAUCUCGAUCCUCGUCAGCAACGAGGUGGGCGCGACGAUGAGGAGGAGGAGGAGGACGAAGAGGCUGAUAAUACGCUUCAGAUUCAAGUCAAACCUCGUAAACGUGGCUGCUCUAGAAGCGAAGGCUCUUGA